AUGUCUUUCAUCUCGGCGAGAUCUCGUCGCGAUCUCAGAGAAAUUACAAAUCUCACCGAGUUCUUGGCGAGAUCUCGUUUAUUUCGCAGAAAUCUCUUUCAUAUCGGCGAGAUCUCGUUUGUCUCGCAGAAAUAUCUUUCAUCUCGCGCGAGUCUCGGCGAGACCUCGUCAGUAUCUCGCCCGAGAUCUCAAAGAUAUUACAAAUCUCGCCGAGUUCUUGACGAGAUCUCGGCGAGAUCUCAUUUAUCUUUCCGCGACCUUAGAGACAUUACAAAUCUCGCCGAGGUAUUGGCGAGAUCUCGGCGAGAUCUCGUUUAUCUCGCUGCGAUCUCAGAGACAUUACAAAUCUCGCCGAGUUUUCGUCGAGAUUUCGUUAAUCUCGACGAGAUCACUUUCAUCUCGGUGAGAUCUCGUCGCCAUCUCAGAGACAUUACAAAUCUCGCCGAGAUCUCGUCAAGAUUAACGCGAUCUCGACGAGAUCUCUGUCAUCUCGGCGAGAUCUCGCUUAUCUCGCCUAG